UUAUCGCGGGACUGCUGUGGGCAUUCUGACACUGGGUAGGAACUGACUAACUGCCACUGACAUCCCUAGUGACACCAAUACAGUGAUCAGUGCUAAUUAAAAGCACUGACACUGUACUAAUGACACUGGGUAGAAAGGGGUUAACAUGUGGGGCGAUCAAAGGGUUAACAGUAUGCUGUUUGUAUUUUACUAUGUAGACAAGCUGCUUUGUAUUGCUCUGCUGUGCAGCCUGUUCGUGCUGACAGGGGAUUGGUCUGUGUUGUUUACAUACAAACCUCUCCCCUGUCAGCUCCACCAACAAUCACUGAGUUCUGGCUGAGAAUCGGCGUCCAGGACCGGAAAUGCAAAAUCA